GAUGGCAGGCGUUUAGUUCGUUAUCACGUCAUUUCCUUCACUUUCUCUCUCCUUCCCCUCCAUCACCACCCACCAUUGGGAGAGAGAGAGGAAGGGGGAGGGGGAGGGGGAGAGAAGAGAGGAGGAGAUUUCUCUUUCAUCCCACCUUCAACCUUCUCCACCAGGCCACCCCCACCUGCAUUGUCGCAUUGUCUUCUGUUUCCUUUUCGUCUUUUCCAUUUCUAUUGGCUGGGCUAACACCACCACCAUCAUUUUUUUCAACAACUUGCCGACGAUGGCGGCGAAGCUGUUCUCUGCAUGCUUCGGCCGCAAAGGUUGCAGAAAGGAUUCAUCGGACAAUGCGGCUAAGGUCCACACGGCCAAUGCUCAGGACCCUGCAUCAGGGGAGGAGCAGAGGAAAGGAGGUUCGGUGUUGGUGGAGCUGUUCACCUCUCAAGGCUGUGCCACUUCGCCGGAGGCCGAGCUCCUGAUCUCACGGCUCGGCCGCGGGGAAUUGCCGGACGAUGCACCUCCGGUGAUCAUCCUGGCAUACCACGUUGAGUACUGGGACUAUCUGGGAUGGAAAGACCCCUUCGGGUCGAUGUUGUGGACUGCCCGGCAGAAGGCGUACGUCGAGGCACUGCAGCAGGACACGAUCUAUACGCCGCAGGUGGUGGUGCAGGGCCGGGCUGAGUGCUUCGGCACCAACGAAGAGGCUCUCUUGGCAGAGAUCAGCAAAGCACAGCAGUUUUCCGGCCCGACAAUGCAGGCGACCUUCGAGAGGAAAACACCUGAAACCCUGCAAGUCUCUCUGAGUGGUGCGCUGAGGACGAAGGUGGACGGGAAGGGUAUGGACAUCAUGGUAGCUCUGUAUGAGAAUGGGCUGGUGACGGAGGUUUCAAGUGGCGAGAACAAGGGGCAGGUUAUGAAGAACGAUUUCGUCGUUAGGGUGCUAGAGAAGAUGUGCACCGUCCGCGAUGUUUCGGCGAAGAAGACGGUGUCGGGAACGGUGAACUUCAACCUAUGGGACGGAUUUGAUAGCAGCAAAUGCGGCAUUGUGGUUUUCCUGCAGAAUCCUUCCAUGCAGAACUUUGGGUGUCAGCAAUUCCAGCUUCCCGAUGACCUCUGACUGAGUAACAAUGCCAUCACCAGAUCUUCUUCCAUUUUCUUGGUGUCUCAUUUCUUACUGAAGACUUGCUUGUUAGGCCUCCUGAUUGUAGAUGUGAGUGUUUGAGAGUGCGUUGCGCGUUUUACUUGUUCAGAGAUUGCUAGGGAAAGGAGUCCUGUUUUUAUGCUCCCCUUUAAAUUCUAUAUUUGACUUGAUUACUUUUC